AUGGGUGGUUCAGUAUCAAAAGCUUUAGCUCGGAUAUUUGGUAAUAAAGAAAUGCGCAUCCUAAUGUUGGGUUUAGAUGCUGCCGGAAAAACCACAAUCCUUUAUAAACUAAAACUUAAUCAAUCUGUGACGACUAUACCCACUGUCGGUUUUAACGUGGAAACCGUGACAUAUAAAAAUGUCAAAUUUAAUGUUUGGGAUGUCGGUGGUCAAGAUAAAAUUCGUCCACUUUGGCGUCAUUAUUAUACUGGUACUCAAGGACUAGUAUUUGUAGUUGAUUCCCAAGAUCGUGAUCGAAUAGAUGAAGCUCGUCAAGAAUUACAUCGAAUUAUUUCAGAUCGUGAAAUGCGAGAUUGUUUAUUAUUAGUAUUUGCCAAUAAACAAGAUUUACCAGGAG